AUGGGCGAAGAGGACUACAGCGGACGCCCUGCAAAUGACGAGGCCAUGAAAGAGAACAUAGCCAUCGAGGCCGAGCGUGUUGGUGAUAUGGACACCACCAAGACGGAAGGCGACGACUUUGCGCCUGACGAAGGGAAGCGCCUAGUUCGGAAGCCGGAUUUCUGGCUCCUACCUCUCAUGAUGAUGACCUAUAUGCUUCAAAGCUACGACAAAGGCAUUAUGAGCGCAGCAACCCAAUUCAACUUCAAUAGCGACCUCGAACUCACCACAAUCGUCGGAUACCAAGCCGGCGGCAAACCCAUCACCAACAAUCAAAAGUACUUAAAUGCUGCCAUGAUGAUUUAUAUUGGCUAUUUGGUCGGAACCUAUCCCAUGAUCUACUUGUCUCAACAUUAUCCCACCUCGAAAGUCCUUUCUCUGGCUACCUUUCUCUGGGGUGCAGUGGUUAUGUCGACAGCGGGCUGCUCAAACCAUGCGGGUAUCAUGCUCAAUCGGUUCUUCCUGGGUUUCCUGAAAUCUACGGUGGCUCCGGCCUUUACCGGCCAGAUCAACACCUCGAUGCCUCAUUGGAAACCUAUGUUUCUGAUCUUGGGGGCUGUGACGCUAGUCUGGUCCAUUGUUCUCUUCUUUGCUCUGCCAGACAGUCCUUUAACCACCAAGCGGCUGACUGAGUCGGAAAGGAGGAUUGUCGUCUGCCGACUGGAACGAAACAACGCCGGCACCAUUAGUCGCAAAUUCAACAAAGGCCAGUUCCUUGAGGCAUUUCGCGACUACAAGCUAUACAGCUGUACUCUCAUUAUCCUCCUUACUGGGGUCCCGUCAGGGGCCCUGGGUACGUUUGGGACAGUGGUGAUCAAUGGGUUUGGCUUCGACCAUUUUGACUCGUUGGCCUUGACCUGUCCCAUUGGCGCCGUCACCGCGACCAGCAUUCUCUUUGUGGGCUAUGUUAUGCGCAAAUGGAACAGCCUUCGGUACCUGUCCAUUGUAACAUGUGCUCUCAUCUCCAUUGCUGGAACGUUUAUUUGCUGGCUUGUGCCGCGAGAUAAUCGUGGCUUGUUGUUUGCAGCCGUCUUCCUCAUUGCGGUUCAAGUCUCUGCCGGAGGAGUAGCAGUUUCUCUUGCUGCAUCAAAUAUCGCAGGACACACGAUGCGAGUGUGUUUGUGCACCUUCACCAUCAACACUCUGACAUCUUGGGCAUCAUCCAUCGCUUCCCGAACCAACGUGAACCGUCAGCUUCUCGGUUGCGGAAAAGAUCUUCCUGGCGGGCAGAAUGUUGGAGAGGUCUCAAACGUGACGAUAACAAGUGAUGGGAAUAACCGCAGCUAUCUCAUCUUCAUCCCGCCAGCCUCCUGCAAAGACACUCCGACGUCAGCAAUUGUGUCUUACUACGGAGGCGCACGGACAGCAGAAGACCAGCUAGAUUUAGAUCUCCCGACAAGCCCGGAAUUCAACACUAAGUCGUUCGUGGUAUAUCCCCAAGGAUCAAUGUUGAGACAUCUGCAGAAUACUUGGCAAGGAGUGCCCGGGGUAACAAUGAAUGAUCUCAAAUUCACCACGGACAUCCUCAACGAGAUCGAAAGCCUGUAUUGCAUUGACCCAUCUCGGAUUUAUACGACUGGGAAGUCAGAUGGUGCGGGUUUCUGUAACCUGUUAGCCUGCGACCCAGAUCUCUCGACUGCUUUGGCCGCAUUUGCUCCUGUUUCUGGAGCGUACUUUGUUGACUCCUUACCCUGCAUGCCUACGAUGGUGGACCUACCAUGUUCCCCAGGAAGGUCUCAGAUUCCGGUCCUCGCUUUUCACGGCGGCAACGACACGGCUAUCCCAUACACGGGGAAAGAGCGCAAAGGUGAGUGUCUUCCGAGCAUUCCCCACUUCAUUCAGGAAUGGGCGCUGCGGGAAGGACUCGGGACGACGAACAUAACGACACCGGUGGCCAACGACACUGUCAAGUACACCUAUGGAAUGGGACAUGACGCAGGCUUUGUUGCUUUCAUCUUCGACUCGGAUAUCGGCCACGACUGGCCUAGCACAGCACCAAAUGGCGACAACCAGCACGCAGGUCAUCAUCCGGCCAGCUCUAAUGCUACGCCGAUCAUCUUGGAUUUUUUCCAACAUCACCGAUUGAUCUGA